GGUAGAUAGGUGGGGCAGUAUUAAAGAAGUCACAUUUUCAUUUUUUUCCAUUUUCAGAGUAUAACGAAAUGUCACUGUAUGAUGGGCUCUCAGUGGAGACAGCUCCUGUGCCAGAGAUAUUUUCGUCUUCCUCUUUCCAGUCUCUGCCCACUGAUGAAGAAGAGCCUUCAAAGAAAGAUAAGCCCAAGAAGACUCCAUUUCUACCUGAUAACAGCAGCACUAGUCUAAACCCAGAAACAAAACUGGCUCCAGUUACAGAGCAUGCUCCACCUGCUCCAUCCAUUAGCUCCUCCUGGUCCUCUUCUAGUAUGAAAUUAAUGGCAACUAACAUGAUGAGGCAGCAGAUGGCAGCAUCAAGGGUCCGGACUGUUGGCAGAGGAGGAAUGGCCUCUAGAGGCAGGAAGCAUCCUCCUGUUCAUGCGUCGCAUACAACAGUGACACAAAGUUCAUUGUUUGAAGAUGAUAUUGCAGGUGGAAUUCAAGACGAGUAUGAUCCUUUAGUUCCUAAUAAUUAUGACGAUAUAAAGAAAGCGGAAAAGGAUAAAGCCCGCGAGGCACAGAACAGAGAAAGAGAAAGUCGUGCAGAACACUACAAGAAAUACUCCAGAGACUCUGACAGCGACGAAGAAGAAGAGAGAGAAGAAAGAAGAAGAAGAAAGAAGUCACAAAAAGGAAGUGCAGUCCCUCCUCCAGCCUUUGCCCCUCCCCCUCCUCCUCCUCCUCCUCCUGCUGUACAAAAACCUGAUGACGAGACAAAAGUGGUUCGUUCCGCUCUUGAGGAACUAAGUAAAUUAAAAGCGCCCAAGGUUAAUCCUUAUGCUAAAAAGAACUUUAAGACAUCUGCAGUUGCGUCUAACAUAAUGACGAAAUAUGGCUGGCAAGAGGGACAGGGCCUAGGCAAGGAGUCGCAAGGUAUCAGUACGGCACUCUCAGUUGAGAAAACAUCAUUCAAAGGUGGCAAGAUUGUUAAUGUUGCUGCCGAGAGAGAGCAAGUGAAAGAGGAGGAGAGGAAGAUGGUCAAGAGUCUGACGGAGAUAGUGAAGAACCCGACUAAAGUUAUAUUAUUGGAGAACAUGGUUGGGGCUGGCGAAGUGGACAAUGAGCUCCAACCUGAGGUCAUAGAGGAGUGUACCAAGUACGGGGAAGUGACGAACUGUCUUAUUUACGAGAUACCAGAAGGAGCAUCCGAUGAUGAAGCUGUUAGGAUAUUUGUAGAAUUUGGAAAGAAGGACUCGGCUAUUAAAGCAGUUAUUGAUCUUAAUGGAAGGUUUUUUGGUGGUAGGACUAUACGGGCAGGGUUUUACUCCGAGGAAAGGUUUUCUAAUUUUGACCUUGCACCAAAAUAACAAUCGCAGACACGCCCACACAUACACCACUGAAUGGCAGCUAAAUGCUAAAUUUAAUAUGUAGCAUACCAUUACUGCUCCUUCCUUUGUUGUUUAUUAUUUUUUGCAAUCACUUUAUUAUAAUAACUGCAUCAUAUUUAAUUGUGUAGGGUAUAAUCCUUUAGAUGACUCUCACUGUUAA